GGUUCUAUAAAGUGAAACUGUAUGCAUAAUUUAAAUUGUUUUCAUCUUAGUCUUACUCAUCUCCUAUGCAUCUGUGUCUUCUUUCCAUAAAAGGGAAAAAGCAAAAAUCAAUACAUCAGAGAAACAACGUGCGUGCAUAGAAGAAGUGUGGCCGAGAGGAGAGGGAAGCAGAGUUGUGAGAGAAGAAAGCGUCAGGAGGGAGCAACCUUAGGUGCCAGACCCGGAGGCGGAGAGACUCGUGCUCCGUGAAACCGAUAGAGGCUAGAAGCCGUUGUGGACAAGGGCCAAAUUCGUGCUAGAAGCAGGUAUAGUAGGGAAACCGACACUGAGGAAGGAAGGAGAGGAGGUUGAGAAGGCAGAGACAAUUUCGACAGAAGCUUUUAGAUUUUUUUUUUCCUGUGAAAGAGGAGUUUGAGAGGAAGGGAUGAUUUGGCGAAGAGAGAGGCUAGGAUUUUUUGGGGGAAUGAUAUAAUUCUUAUCAGGAAAUGAGAUGGUGAUGAUUGGCAGGAGAGUUGUUGCAAGGAUGGCAGUAGUCUGGAAGAAGGGCAUGCCAUCCAGAAAUAGAGGGAUUCAUACCUUUAAGGAUGGUGAGAAGUGCCAUUUCCUAAUGUCUCCUCCUCUUGUGUCUCUAGACCUGCCAGAGACUUGGGGUUCUAACUCCAACUACUAUGAUCCUCAAUCAAUUCCUAAAUACUCCAGUGAGCAUCUAGCUGCAACAAUUGAUGGGAAAUCUAUUGCUGAGGAAAUCAGGUCAAGAAUAACUAGCGAAGUAUGUAGAAUGAAGGAAAUAAUUGGGGAAGUUCCAGGUCUGGCAGUAAUUUUGGUUGGUCAAAGAAGAGACUCGCAAACUUAUGUUCGAAACAAGAUAAAAGCUUGUGAAGAAGCUGGAAUCAAGUCCCUGAUGACUGAACUUCCUGAGAAUUGUAAAGAAGAAGAAGUUAUUAAUGCUGUGUCAAGCUUUAAUGAAGAUCCAUCAAUUCACGGUAUUCUUGUACAACUUCCUCUACCACAGCACCUAGAUGAGGAAAAGAUUUUGAAUUCGGUGAAGCUAGAGAAAGAUGUGGAUGGUUUCCAUCCCUUGAAUAUGGGGAAUCUUGCAAUGAGAGGAAAGGAACCACUGUUCAUCUCAUGUACUCCGAAGGGUUGUGUUGAAUUAUUAAUCAGGUCAGGGGUGGAAAUAAUGGGGAAGAACGCUGUGGUGAUUGGGAGAAGCAACAUUGUUGGGUUACCCACAUCCUUAUUAUUGCAGAGGCACCAUGCAACAGUGAGUAUCGUAAAUGCUUUCACAAAGAACCCGGAGCAGAUAACCUGUGAAGCUGACAUUGUGAUCGCAGCUACAGGAGUGCCCAAUCUGGUUCGUGGCCAUUGGCUAAAGCCUGGUGCAGUUGUCAUUGAUGUUGGAACAUGUCCAAUUGAGGAUCCCAGCAGCGAAUUUGGUUACCGCCUUACUGGGGAUGUUUGCUAUGAAGAAGCUGUAAGGGUGGCAUCAGCUAUUACUCCUGUUCCUGGAGGAGUUGGACCCAUGACAAUUGCCAUGCUGCUGUUUUAAUACUCUGGAUUCUGCUAAGAGGAUUUUUUAUUUUAAUUGACUACGCUUUAGUUACACACCCUUUACACCAACUGGCUAUUCGUGUUUAUUUUUGUAACUACAUACAUAUUUUAUCUUCUAGAAAGGAAAUACUAAACUAUUUCGUAACCGUAAUGUUGAUGACGUGUUCUUGCUAUGAA